CCUGGAGUGUCCCAACACUUCCCGACGGAUCCGAGACCGGACGGGUCCGGUCUGAGCACCCGGAGCCUGUUGGUACCGGUAACAUCGGAACCUGUUGGUACCGGUAACAUCGGAACCGGUAACCGGUUAACAUCGGAACCUGCUGGUACCGGUUAACAUCGGAACCGGUAACCGGUUAACAUCGGACCCGGUAACCGGUUAACAUCGGAACCUGCUGGUACCGGUAACAUCGGAACCGGUAACCGGUUAACAUCGGAACCUGCUGGUACCGGUUAACAUCGGACCCUGUAACCGGUUAACGUCGGAUCCUGUUCGUACCGGUUAACAUCGGACCCUGUUGGUACCGGUUAACAUCGGACCUGCUGGUACCGGUUAACAUCGGACUCGGUAACCGGUUAACAUCGAAGCCUGUUGGUACCGGUUAACAUCGGAACCGGUAACCGGUUAACAUCGGACCCUGCUGGUACCGGUUAACAUCAGACCCUGUAACCGGUUAACAUCGGAACCGUUAACCGGUUAACAUCGAACCCUGCUGCUCAGCCCCAUAGCCGAGUGUGGGGCAGGGAUGGGGUCCCUGUUCCGCAGCGAGGAGAUCUGCCUGGCCCAGCUCUUCCUACAGUCUGCCUCUGCCUACAGCUGUGUCAGUGAACUGGGGGAACGGGGGCUGCUCCAGUUCAGGGAUCUGAACCCACACUUGAGCCCCUUCCAGCGCCGGUUCGUGGCUGAGCUGCGGAGGUGUGAGGAGAUGGAGAAAACCUUCACGUUCCUGCUCCGGGAGCUGCGGGCCUCGGGUCUGGCCCCGCCCCCUGCCCCGUUGGGGGCGGAGCUUCGGGCCCCGUCCGCGCGGGAAGCUCUGCGCGCGCAGGAGGAGGCGGAGCAGCUGGCGCGGGAGCUGCGCGAGGCUUCCCGCCACCGGGCGGCGCUGCGAGUGCGCCUGCGCGAACGGCGCCAGUUCCUGCACGUGCUGCGGGAGGGGCGGAGCCUGACGGGGGGGGAGGCAGCUAUGGGGUCCCCGGUGCGGCCGCGGGCACCAUCGGAGCGUGACCCCAUCCUUGACCCUGUGGGGCAGCAGCACAUGGAGCCCAAGAUCAGCUUCAUUGCUGGUGUCAUCCACCCAAGGCGGGUGACAGCCUUCGAGCGGCUGUUGUGGCGCCUGUGCCGAGGGUACCUGGUGGUGUCCUUCAUGGACAUGCCGGAGCCCAUGGAGGACCCGGACACGGGUGACACCAUCACUUGGGUCAUCUUCAUCAUCUCCUAUUGGGGUGAGCAGAUCGGGCACAAGAUCCGCAAGAUCUCAGACUGCUGCCAUUGCCGCCUGUAUCCCUACCCCGAGAGCGAAGCCAACCGCAUAGAGACCAUCAAUGGGCUGCAGAGCGAGAUCCAGGAGCUCAGUGUGGUGCUGCAGCAGACAGAGCAUCACCUGGCGCAGGUGCUGUUGCAGGUGCAGGUGUCGCUGCCAGCCUGGCAGGUGCAGGUCAGGAAGAUGAAGUCAGUUUACCUGGUGCUCAACCAGUGCAGCUCCGACGGCAGCAGGUGUCUCAUAGCUGAGGUUUGGUGCCCAGUGCAGGACCUGAGCCGGGUGCAGGAUGUGCUGAGACAGGGGUCGCACCAGAGCGGCUCCAGUGUUGAGUCCUUCAUCCAACCCAUCCCCACCACCGAGCGCCCCCCAACCCUCAUCCGCACCAACAGCUUCACCUCCGGCUUCCAGAGCAUCGUGGAUGCCUAUGGGGUGGCCACGUACCAGGAGGUGAACCCGGCGCCCUAUAGCAUCAUCACCUUCCCCUUCAUCUUCGCCAUCAUGUUUGGGGAUGUGGGGCACGGGCUCCUCCUGUUCCUGUUUGCCCUAUGGAUGGUGCUGUAUGAGAACAGCCCCAGGCUGCGGCAGGGCAGCAAUGAGAUCUGGCUGCUGCUGUUCAAUGGCCGGUACCUGCUGCUGCUCAUGGGGCUGUUCUCCAUCUACACUGGCUCCAUCUACAACGAGUGCUUCAGCAGAGCCUCCAGCAUCUUCCCCUCCGCAUGGAGCGUGGCCUCCAUGGCCAACCAGUCCUCAUGGAGCUCUGACUUCCUGGCCUCGCACCCACUGCUCAGCCUGGACCCCAAUGUCACUGGUGUGUUCCGAGGGCCUUAUCCCUUUGGGAUUGACCCGAUCUGGAGUUUGGCCACCAACCACCUCAGCUUCCUCAACUCCUUCAAGAUGAAGAUGUCUGUGGUGUUGGGUAUUGUGCAUAUGGCCUUUGGUGUCGUGCUUGGGGUCUUCAACCACCUUCACUUCCAGCAGCGGCACCGGUUGGUGCUGGAGCUCCUGCCUGAGCUGGUUUUCCUCUUGGCUCUCUUUGGUUAUCUCGUCUUCCUCAUCUUCUACAAGUGGCUCAUGUUCAGUGCUGCUGAGUCCCUGCUGGCCCCCAGCAUCCUCAUCCACUUCAUUGACAUGUUCCUCUUCACCUCCAACCCCGAGAACCUCCCGUUGUACCCAGGACAGGUACCAGUGCAGACUGUACUGGUGGUGCUGGCGUUGGUGUCAGUGCCCAUCCUGCUCCUGGGCACCCCCUUGUACCAGUGGUGCCGGCAGCGCAAGGCGAGGAUGGGGCACCCCAUGGUGGUGGGUGCUGGGGAGCAGGAGCCGCUGCUGGAGGGGCAGGAGGUUGGGAGCUCAGUCAAUGUCACCAUGGAGGAUGUGGAGAGUGGAGGGCAAAGCCCUGAGGCUGAGCACCAGGACCUGGCCGAGCUCCUCAUGCACCAAACCAUCCACACCAUUGAGUACUGCCUGGGCUGCAUCUCCAACACUGCAUCCUACCUGCGGCUCUGGGCGCUCAGCCUGGCCCAUGCCCAGCUGUCGGAGGUGCUAUGGACCAUGGUGAUGCGCAAUGGGUUCGUGCCCAUUGGCUAUGCUGGUGGUGUGGUGCUGGUACCCGUGUUCGCUGCCUUUGCCAUACUGACCGUGGCCAUACUGCUGGUGAUGGAGGGGCUGUCUGCCUUCCUCCAUGCCCUGCGCCUGCACUGGGUGGAAUUCCAGAACAAGUUCUAUAUGGGAGCUGGAUACAAGCUCUGUCCCUUCACCUUCACACCCGGUGCUUGGGAAUGACCAUAUGGAUGCUGGAGGUUGGGACCCACAGCCCUGCCCCAUUGAUGGGAGCUCACUUGGGGGGUGCCCCACAGAGCCCCACGGUUGGGGGUCUGGUUGUGGUUCCCAUCCCAUGCUUGCAGUGAAUAAAGCCCCAUAGCUUGUCCCCAA